CAGUCUACCUGUUUGAGCCACUCUCUGAUAGCCCCAACCAUAGUCGACUCUUCAGACAAACCCUUGCGAAGCCAACCCAACUGCGACGUAAAGAAUGCCUCCGAAGUUCGACCCCUCCCAGGUUGUGGACGUUUACGUCCGUGUCACCGGAGGCGAGGUGGGCGCGGCGAGUUCACUCGCCCCGAAGAUCGGGCCGCUCGGUCUAUCCCCGAAGAAGAUCGGAGAGGACAUAGCUAAGGAGACGGCUAAGGACUGGAAGGGCCUCCGUGUGACGGUCAAGCUCACUGUCCAGAACCGUCAGGCAAAGGUCUCGGUUGUUCCAUCUGCUGCCGCUCUAGUCAUCAAGGCCCUGAAGGAGCCCGAGCGCGACCGCAAGAAGACCAAGAACAUUAAGCAUAAUGGCAACAUCUCUCUCGACGACGUCAUAGAGAUCGCCAAGGUCAUGCGGCACCGAUCCAUGGCCAAGGACCUCAGUGGCACCGUCAAGGAGAUUCUAGGCACCUGCGUCUCGGUUGGAUGUACGGUCGACGGCAAGGACCCCAAGGAUCUCCAGCAGGAGAUCACCGAUGGUGACGUCGAGAUACCCCUAGAUUGAGAAAUAUUGUGAGGGUUAAUUUUAUUAAUCAGUUUUGGAUUUUGAAGUGAAUUCUUAUCGGUUUUGUUUCUUUAAUCACGUCUCCGAAUACUAGGGAUUACUUCCGGAGCUUGAGUGAUUUCCGUGAACUGCUGUGGAUGCUUUAUUUGAAUGAAAUGUUGGAGUUUUUACAUUUCUAA